AUGUAUAAUCUGACUGAAUUUCCAGGGAAUGCAACUACCAGCAAAAGCCUGUCUGUGAUCAUCAAGGUGUUUAUGGUUAUGCCCCUCUUCUGCUUCUUCCUCUACUGUAUUGCUGUCAUGCUGCACAUCUUUGCAUCUCACAGACACUACCUGGACUCCACACGUUACAUCCUGUUUACCUACAUGCUGAUCAAUGACACUUUCCAGCUCUCGUCCUCUGUGCUGCUCUUCUUCUUUGUCAUGGGAAAGAUGAAAUUGUCUAUGAUCUACUGUGCUUCGCUGGUUUUCCUUUCCUCUGUCACUUUCCAGAACACACCUUUAAUCCUGGCCACCAUGUCUCUUGAGCGCUACGUUGCCAUCUUAUAUCCGCUGCAGCGUCCGGCCGUCUGGCGCUCAGACCGUAUUUGGGUCAUUAUUCUGUCCAUGUUGCUCACCACCUCGAUCUCCAAUAUUGUUAACUACUCUAUCGGUGUGAGUGAUUCUGCUGCAGUGGAUAUCCUCUCUACCCCUGUGCUUUGCAAAGUUACCGUUAUCAACACAUCUCAAAUCCAGAUUUUAUUCCAAGUUGGUGUAUAUAUUUUCCUUUUUGCACUUGUGACUGUUGUCAUCCUGUUUACAUACUUGAGAAUCCUGCUGGAAACAAGGAAAAUGAGACAAAGCAAAGUGUCUGGGAGCAAAGCUAUGCACACCGUGCUGCUACACGGCUUUCAGCUGCUGCUGUGCAUUUUGGCCUUCAUUAACCCCAUCACGGAAACUCUCAUAGUGCUGCAUUCCAACUGGCUACCAGAAGACAUUGCCUUUUUUAAUUAUUUCUGUUUCAUCCUUACUCCACGCUUUCUCAGCCCGCUCAUCUACGGCUUUAGAGAUCAGAAUCUCAGGGGCAGCCUCAGGAAGACAAUUCUCUGCUGCACAGACAGAGUCAGACCCGGCAAGAGAGGCUUGCCUGCUUAG